AGAGAGAGAGAGAGAGAGAGAUCACUUUGGGAGAAGCAGAGUUUCUGUUUUCCUCUGAUACUUGUUUGUGUUCCUAUGCAUACGUAAUUGCCGGUGAUAAGCGCUGUCUCGUGGACGUACAGUCUCUGCGGAGUAAUAGCUCCUUAUAGCCUAUGGACGGACUCAUUGAGCGCUCAGCUCUGUCCACGGAGAGGAGAGAGGGGACGGGAAGCGGCUGCUAAAAUAGUGGAAGAGGAGAUCAGGAAAGCACAGGAGCUGAGGCAGCCGAGGGGUUCCACUACAAAUACUGGAAUGGAAUAAACCAAUGGGUAACCAACAGUUGUGUGCUUUUUGUUUCUUUUCAUUUUAUUUGGGCACUUAUGGAUAACUUUCUUCCAACCACUUUUGUCGGAGUUUUCAAACAGAGCAGUGAAGCUACUUCAGAACGGGAUCUGUACAGCAGUCUGCUCUGCUCUUUACCUAUCUUGGAAUGUUGAUAUUUUAUGUCUAGUGCAGUCUUUGGAAGUAUGAAAUACGUAGGGAUGAAGCUGGUGUAAUUUUAUCCUUUCAGUCACAGCCAUCACUAAAAUGGCCAGUUUUGAGGCUUUGGCUCACAGCUCCCGCAUGUUGGUGUGGCCUGUCGGUUGUCUGUUUUUGUUUUUGGGCUGCUUAUCGGUGGCAUCCUCCUCCCACAGCCGCAGGUUAAUCUGCUGGCAGGCCAUCAUGAACUGUCAGACAGAGCCUGAGUGCCAUUACGCGUAUGGACAGUACAUGCAGGCGUGCGCUGCUGUUCUGAGAGGGGACAGGAAGAGGUGUCCCAGUCACUGCAUCUCCUCUCUGGUGCAGCUCAACCUGACGAAGAACGGGCCUGCGCUUGAGGACUGCAGCUGUGCUUCGGACCCCAUCUGCCGGAACACCAAGCGGGCCAUCGAGCCGUGCCUUCCCAGGACUAGCAACAUGGGCUGCACCGAGGCCCGGAUGCAGUGUGAAAGAGACCAGCCAUGCAACUCUGCCAUGCGAGACUAUUUAAUCUACUGCGGGAAGCUUUUCAGCGGGGCAACUUGCACGAAUGCUUGUCGGAAUGUGAUUGCAGACAUGCGCAAAAUACCCAAAGCGGAGCUGUUGGAUUCGUGCGUGUGCGACGGGACCGAGAGGACCAUCUGCGAGUAUGUCAAGGUUAGCAUGAAGAACCUGUGCUUCGAAGCUCCUGUGACGGUGGAGGACGGCAGCGGGUCAGAGGACUACGAGGAAGAUGAUGGGGACUUCCCGGUGUCAGAACCAGAGUUCGUGGGGAGGAGCGCCGGUUCAGGUGCCUCUGCUGUGGGAACCUGUGGUGUUGUGACAACGGUGACUGCAUCGGUCCUGAUUCUACUAGUGCCUCUUCUUUAAACUCUCCUCAUAGUAAAACAUAUAUAUAUAUAUAUUUCAGACUGUUGGACAGAUAAACACAUUAAUGGCCUUACAAACUCAGACAGUUGUUCAGACAAAGUUGAAACUCUUGCCUUUCCAAACAGACGCCAGUCAGUCUGGCCCAAUGCUAUUGAAGGAAGAAGCUACUACUCCGAUCUAGCCUUUCCAAACAGAUGCCAGUCAGUCUGGCCCAAUGCUAUUGAAGGAAGAAGCUACUACUCCGAUCUAGCCUUUCCAAACAGACACCAGUCAGUCUGGCCCAAUGCUAUUGAAGGAAGAAGCUACUACUCCGAAGAACAGCAAAUGUAAUAUUUGUUACAUAACCAAACUUGCUUUUUUAAAGUAUGACUUUUUUCUGUACUGAAAGAUAUCGAAUCCAGUUAGUAUUUUCUAUGCAAAAUAUUAUAUUCAAUAACAUUAUGGAACCUUGUUGUAUCACUGGCCUGAAGAAAAAUGUCCUUUAUUUUAAAAAACAUCAGGCCUGCUGUAGUCCAUGUAUAUAAUACAUGUCACAUCAGGCCUGCUGUAGUCCAUUUAUAUACUACAUGUCACAUCAGGCCUGCUGUAGUCCAUGUAUAUACUACAUGUCACAUCAGGCCUGCUGUAGUCCAUGUAUAUACUACAUGUCACAUCAGGCCUGCUGUAGUCCAUGUAUAUACUACAUAUCACAUCAGGCCUGCUGUAGUCCAUGUAUAUAAUACAUGUCACAUCAGGCCUGCUGUAGUCCAUGUAUAUACUACAUGUCACAUCAGGCCUGCUGUAGUCCAUGUAUAUACUACAUGUCACAUCAGGCCUGCUGUAGUCCAUGUAUAUACUACAUAUCACAUCAGGCCUGCUGUAGUCCAUGUAUAUACUACAUAUCACAUCAGGCCUGCUGUAGUCCAUUUAUACACUACAUGUCACAUCAGGCCUGCUGUAGUCCAUGUAUAUAAUACAUGUCACAUCAGGCCUGCUGUAGUCCAUGUAUAUACUACAUGUCACAUCAGGCCUGCUGUAGUCCAUGUAUAUACUACAUAUCACAUCAGGCCUGCUGUAGUCCAUUUAUACACUACAUGUCACAUCAGGCCUGCUGUAGUCCAUGUAUAUAAUACAUGUCACAUCAGGCCUGCUGUAGUCCAUGUAUAUACUACAUAUCACAUCAGGCCUGCUGUAGUCCAUGUAUAUACUACAUAUCACAUCAGGCCUGCUGUAGUCCAUGUAUAUACUACAUAUCACAUCAGGCCUGCUGUAGUCCAUGUAUAUACUACAUAUCACAUCAGGCCUGCUGUAGUCCAUGUAUAUACUACAUGUCACAUCAGGCCUGCUGUAGUCCAUGUAUAUACUACAUGUCACAUCAGGCCUGCUGUAGUCCAUGUAUAUACUACAUGUCACAUCAGGCCUGCUGUAGUCCAUGUAUAUACUACAUGUCACAUCAGGCCUGCUGUAGUCCAUGUAUAUACUACAUGUCACAUCAGGCCUGCUGUAGUCCAUGUAUAUACUACAUGUCACAUCAGGCCUGCUGUAGUCCAUGUAUAUACUACAUAUCACAUCAGGCCUGCUGUAGUCCAUUUAUAUACUACAUGUCACAUCAGGCCUGCUGUAGUCCAUUUAUAUACUACAUGUUAACAGAUGCGGUUCAAUUUUGUUACACAGAGAUUAAACAAUGCAAGGUUUUUAUAAAAAACAGUUCACUGCCUAUAUUUUAACAUUUUAAACAUAAUAUCAUUGAUAUUGGGUGACUGAUGGCCAUCUCUAUGUAUUUAAUGAAACUAUAUGGUGGACUUGUACAUAUUGUAUAUUGGUAAAUAAAUGCAUUUUUUAAAGUAA